UGUCUGUGCUACUGUCAAAAAAUAAAUUACGUUUAUGAGGUGUUGCACUGUGAUUUAUGUGAUUUUGUCGCGUUUAUUAAUAAAAAAGAAACAAUUUUAAAUAGUCAGUGUACGAAACGUGUCCAUCAUGGAUAGUAAAUCGUUCCUGCAUUCCUGGUGCAAUAAGAAAAAUUUAUCACCACAGUUCGAUAUACGCGCCACAGGUCCAAAGCAUCGCCAGCGUUUCCUUUGUGAAGUGAGAGUUGAAGGCAUUUCCUAUGUCGGGGCUGGUAAUUCCACCACCAAAAAAGAGGCCCAGAUGAACGCUUCUCGGGACUUCAUCAACUAUUUAGUGCGAAGUGAGCAAGUGCCUGCAAGUGAAGUCCCUGAGGAUAUAAAAAUAAAGACAGACAAUGCUAACACCACACCAGCUAAUGCUGAAAACAAUCAGCAAAAUGCUGACCAACAGCAGAGACCGGUUUUCCAGGAAGGAAUGGAUCCCCAAAGCAUGGGACAAGCGUACAAAGCAUAUGGUGGUCAAAACCAGAACUUUACGUACAUGGACCGAUUACAACAGCAGAAAAAUGUAGAAGAGGCUGAAGAUCUUGAUGUAAACGCUAGUCUGCAUGGCAACUGGACCAUGGAAAAUGCAAAGUCCAAACUCCAUCAAUUCUUACAAGUCAAUAAGAUCAAUACGGACUACAUAUACAAGGCAGUUGGCCCUGAUCACAUACGGAGCUUCUCCUGUGAAAUGUCUAUAUACGUUCGCGAGUUGGGGCGCAACGUGACCGCCCAUGAGACCGCAUCAAACAAGCAGACGGCGAGCAAAUCCUGCGCGCUGUCCAUCGUGCGACAGCUGUACCAUCUCGGUGUGAUUGAGGCCUUCAGCGGCACGCUUAAGAAGGACAGGUCGGCGGAAGGCAUCAUGAAGCCUUAUCCUGUUGCAAUUGAUCCACAGCUUGAGGAGAAGUUGCAAGAAACUCUAGAAGAUUUGGGCAUAACGCCAGUGGACGUGGAGUCCGGGCAGCAGGCGGAGGGCCAGGCCGGCGUGACGCUGGUGCAGGUGGACCGCGUGAAGGCCAUGCGCGAGGCCAAGCCCGCGCCGGGCGGCGUCGUGCCGUGGUCGCCGCCGCAGCCCAACUGGAACGCAUGGACUGGGUGCAAUAUCGAUGAAGGACCAUUGGCUACAACAAGUCUGGAUGAUAUAAGUGCUGAUUUAGAGAAACACCAUCGCAACGUGUGUCAGAACAGUACACUGUAUCAAGAAAGUGUACGCGAAAGGGAACAACUGCCGGUGUACGCGAUGCGUUCGCAGAUAAUGGAAGCGAUCAACGAAAACCCGGUUAUAAUCAUCAGAGGUAACACUGGUUGCGGUAAAACUACGCAGGUGUGCCAGUACAUCCUGGACGACUACAUCGCGAGCGGGCAGGGCGCGUGGGCCAACGUGUGCGUGACGCAGCCGCGCCGUAUCUCCGCCGUCAGCGUCGCCGAGCGCGUCGCCAACGAACGCUGCGAGGACCUCGGCAACAGCGUCGGAUACUCAGUGCGUUUCGAAUCUGUGCUGCCGCGUCCGUACGGUUCGAUCCUGUUCUGCACCGUUGGUGUUUUGCUCAGAAAGUUGGAGAACGGACUUCGAGGAGUCAGCCAUGUUCUUGUUGAUGAGGUGCACGAACGCGACGCGGACACGGACUUCGCGUUGAUCCUGCUCCGAGACAUGGUCCAUACUUACCCGGACCUGCGCAUCAUUCUCAUGUCUGCGACCGUCGACACGACUCUGUUCGUAAAUUACUUCGGCAAUUGCCCUGUUAUUGAGGUCCCAGGUCGUACGUUCCCCGUGACGCAACACUUUUUGGAAGAUUUUAUCGAAUUAACCAGCUUCAUGCCGCCUCCUAACACAAGGAAACGGAAGGCGAGCGGCAAGAAAGCUAACAACAAGGAUGACGACGAUGACGAUGAUGAAGAUGUCGACGAGCAAGACGAAGAUUUGAACAAGAACUGUAAUCUGGGCGAAGGAUAUUCCCCGAGCACGAUUGAAGCUGUGCGUCAAUUGUCGGAAAAAGACCUACGAUUCGAACUGAUAGAAGCUAUACUCAUGUACAUAACCAAAUUGGGAAGCGACGGGGCUGUGCUAGUAUUCCUACCUGGUUGGCAACUAAUAUUCGCGCUCAUGAGGUAUCUGUCUGAACACCGACUAUUCGGCGAUACGUCUAAGUUCGUCAUAUUGCCACUACACAGUCAGAUCCCUAAGGAAGAUCAGAAGAAAGUGUUCCUGACGCCGCCACCAGGCAUCAUAAAGGUGAUCCUGUCAACAAACAUGGCGGAAACGUCGAUAACCAUCAACGACGUCGUUUACGUGAUAGACUCGUGCAAGGCUAAGAUGAAGCUGUUUACGUCACACAACAAUAUGACGUCAUACGCCACCGUGUGGGCCAGCAGGACGAACUUAGAACAGCGUAAGGGUCGCGCAGGUCGUGUCCGUCCAGGCGUGUGUUUCACUCUGUGCACGAAGGCGCGGUACCAGAAGCUGGAGGAGCAUCUCACCGCUGAGAUGUUUAGGACACCGCUGCACGAACUUGCUUUGAGCAUCAAGUUGCUGCGGCUGGGCUCGAUCGGCCACUUCCUGUCGAAGGCGCCGGAGCCGCCGCCGCUGGACGCGGUGAUCGAGGCGGAGGCGCUGCUGCGCGAGCUGGGCUGCCUCGACCACGCCGACGCGCUCACUCCGCUCGGCACCAUCCUCGCCAAGCUGCCCAUCGAGCCACGCCUGGGUAAGAUGAUGGUGCUGGGUUUCGUGAUGGGCGUGGGCGACGCGUUAACGACCAUGGCGGCGAACUCGACGACGUUCCCGGAGGUGUUCCUGGUGGAGGGCGGUCGCCGCCUCGCGCAUCACCAGCUCGCCUUAGCCGGCAGUCGCGCCUCCGACCACGUCGCAAUGCUCAACGCCUUCCAGAUGUGGGAAAGAGAAAAGUCGAAAGGCGAAGAGGCCGAAAUGAGAUGGUGCGAAUGGAAGGGAAUUCAACAAACCACACUGCGUGUCACCGCUGAGGCUAAAUCACAACUCACAAACAUUCUAACCACGACGGUUGGAUUCCCCGAAGAUUGCUGCAUCCCGCAGCGCUGGCAACCCAACGGUCCAGACCCCACACUCGACGUCGUGAUCGCGCUCAUGUGCAUGGGACUGUAUCCUAAUGUUUGUUUACAUCAGGGGAAGAGAAAGGUGUUGACAACAGAAGGUAAACCAGCAUUGAUCCACAAGACGUCAGUGAAUUGCAGUGGCAAAGAGCAGAAGUUCCCGUCGCCGUUGUUCGUGUUCGGGGAGAAGGUGCGCACACGCGCCAUCAGCUGCAAACAGACCACCAUGGUGGCGCCGCUGCAUCUACUGUUAUUUGGCAGCAGGAAAGUCGAAUGGGUAGACAAGGUGGUGAGAUUGGACAACUGGUUGAACUUCCAAAUGUCCGCGCGUUCCGCGGCACUGGUGACGGCGUUACGCCCCGCCAUCGAUAAACUCAUCGAGCGCGCCGCCGCCGAACCAGACGCCGUGCUGCAGUUCACACCCACUGAAAAGAAGGUGAUUCUUUGUUUAAAAGAGUUAUGCGUUAUGGAUGCCGGCGAUUACAACAUACAACGUGAAGUCAGUACGCCUAUGUUUAGAUCAGAAGGAAAAAGAGCCCAUACCAUGGGCUGGGGCACAAACGGGCCCCGCGGUGGCUUCAGUGGCGGAAACUUUGCCAGUGGCGGCUUUGGCAAUAAUCAAGGCAACGGGUUCGGGGGAAGCGGGUUUGGCAACCAAGGUGGAUUCGGCAACCGACGCGGCGGAUUUGGCGGUAACAGCGGAUUCGGCAACCAACGUGGAUACGGAUAUCAACGCGGAUUCGGAAACCAGCGUGGUUUCGGUAACCGAGGAGGAUUCGGUAAUCUAGGAGGAUUUGGUAACCCAGGUGGUUACGGAAAUCAAAGCGGUUUCGGCGGUUUUGGCGGUGGUUAUGGUAACAACCGCGGUGGAUUUGGCGCUGGUCAAAGCAACGACUGGCCGGAAGGAGGCACCCAAUGGUAGAACAUUCCUAGCUAAAGAAUUAAAUUAUUUAAGUGCAAUAUGUUAAGGCAAAUUACAUAAACAGGUCGAAACCAGGUAUAAUACUACAUUUAAAUAAAAAACAUUGUGAUAAAUAUUGACCUAAUAAACUAAAUAAUUAA